GGGAUCGCUGUGGGCAAGUUUCCUUCUUCUGUCGACUACGUUGCAUGCCGGGUAUAAACCAAAAUGGCGGACCAAAACCAAGAAGGUCCCAAGGAAGAGCCAACUAUUCCACCGUGGGCGAGUGGCGAGAGCUUAAGACACGUAGAGAAAGAUGUCCUCAUACCCAAACUAGUCCGAGAGAAGGCAAGAGAGAGAUGCAAGGACCUUGUGGACGAGUUUGAGAAAUGCUGCAAAGGAAGGAGUAUUUCUAUGGUCUGGCAUUGCCGCAAGCAAAACACAGCAAUGAAGGACUGCCUUACUAAAAACUAUCAAGACAAAGAGUUGUUUGAGGCGUGCCGGGUGGAGUAUUUACAAAAACGGCGACAGUAUCAAUCUGAUUAUGCUGGGGGCGGAGAAAAAGCAGCUAUGAAAAAGAAAGAAUCAGUUCUGAUGUCAUAAUGAAAAAUAGCAAUUUACUAUGGAGAGCUUAGUUCUUAAGUUUUAACUCUUUAGGAUGGUUAAAACUGAUUCUUGGGUUAUUAGAGAAUCACAUUUGUUAAGUUUCGCCUUAAGUUUUAUGAGGCUUGUUAUUGACUCUUACUGGAUGUUAGUACAUUAUCAAAAAGUAUCAAAGAUACAUGGAUAGUUAAGAGAAAAAAAACAUACAUGGGCAUAAACUGUGUGUUGAAACAAAAAUAAAAUGGGCCCUGUAUAAAGUAAAAAAUAAGAUAAAAUAAAAAAAUACAGUACUUCAAUCUGGCCUAAGAUUCUCACAUUUAAAUGACAAUGAUUAAAUAAUUUAAUAUGUA